GAGGGCCCCUGGCCCGGGAGUCCGGGGCGUUUCUGUGGUCUUCGCGCCUAGGCCUCGGCGGAGUGUUUUCCAAAGCAGCUGCUGCUCUCACCUCUGCGUUGAACAACAAAGCUGUGUGUAUGUGUGGGGAGAAGCUGGAAAAGAAGACAGAUGGUUCUUUCAUUACCAGCACUUCCGAGUGAAGAAGCAGCACAGCAUUUUGUCUUGGAUAACUUUUAGUGGGGAGGCUCCAACAACUUAGCAGCCAGCCUCCUUUCGGCAUUCUGCACCCUCAGACACCUAGGGCCUUUGGGAACCAGAUUCCUAAAAGUGUAGUGAGCACACCCCAUUUUCAGGACAGGAUUUGGUCAUCUGCUUCUGCAGUGAGGGCUCAGCUUUUAUUAGAUGAAAAGAUCUGUCUGUAUAUACUAAGGAGGAAAUCUGGCAAAAGCAUUGGCUUUCCUGAAAUAUUGGAAAAAGAGGUGGGCCAGCCAUGAGAGGGUACCUUGUAGCCAUAUUCCUGAGUGCUGUCUUCCUCUAUUAUGUGCUGCAUUGUAUAUUGUGGGGAACAAAUGUCUAUUGGGUACCACCUGUGGAAAUGAAGCGGAGAAAUAAGAUCCAGCCUUGUUUAUCAAAGCCAGCUUUUGCCUCUCUCUUGAGGUUCGAUCAGUUUCACCCUUUUCUCUGUGCAGCAGAUUUUAAAAAUAUUGCUUCCUUCUAUGGCAGCGAUAAGUUUGAUUUGCCCUAUGGGAUAAGAACAUCAGCCUCAUAUUUUCGACUCGCUCUUUCAAAACUGCAGAGUUGUGAUCUCUUUGAUGAGUUUGACAAUGUGCCAUGUAAGAAGUGCGUGGUGGUUGGUAAUGGAGGAGUUUUGAAGAAUAAGACAUUGGGAGAGAAAAUUGACUCCUAUGAUGUAAUAAUAAGAAUGAAUAAUGGUCCUAUUUUAGGACACGAAGAGGAUGUUGGGAGAAGGACUACCUUCCGACUUUUUUAUCCAGAAUCUGUUUUUUCAGAUCCCAGUCACAAUGAUCCUAAUACUACAGUGAUUCUCACUGCUUUUAAGCCUCUUGAUUUAAAGUGGCUGUGGGAAUUGUUGACAGGUGGAAAAAUCAACACUAAUGGUUUUUGGAAGAAACCAGCCUUAAAUCUGAUCUAUAAGCCUUAUCAAAUCAGAAUAUUAGAUCCUUUCAUCAUCAGAACAGCAGCUUACGAACUACUUCACUUCCCAAAGGUGUUUCCAAAAAAUCAGAUUGCAAGGAAAAGAACCAUAAAUGGAGGUUUUUUUCUGCCCUUGAGGGAUCUCCUGCAUGUACAGAAACCCAAACACCCAACAACAGGAAUUAUUGCCAUUACACUGGCAUUUCACAUAUGUCAUGAAGUUCACAUUGCUGGUUUUAAGUACAACUUUUCUGACCUCAAGAGUCCUUUGCACUACUAUGGGAAUGCCACCAUGUCUUUGAUGAAUAAGAAUGCAUAUCACAAUGUGACUGCAGAGCAGCUCUUUCUGAAGGACAUUAUAGAGAAAAACUUUGUAAUCAACUUGACUCAAGAUUGACCCUACAGACUCAGAAGAUGAUGCUAACAAUAUUAGUUUUAUUUUUAUACUGCAAUUUUUAGUUUGUUUUUAAAAUAUGUUGGAUGAACUUGUCAAGAAAUUAUGUAUAUUAAGUCUGUUGCUGCCUGGUGAUUCAUAACCACCAGCUUAAUUUCUGUGAAUAUAUUUAAUUUAUGGAAACCAAGAUUAUGUUUAGUUAAGAUAUCAGGGAAAUAGAAGGUUUCAUUGCCUUGUUUUAAAAAUAAGCUAGUUUUCUGAAGUGUUUUUAAACAUCUUUUUAUAGUUACUUCAUCCUAGACUUUUAAAGAGAUGGGACUUCCUAAUAAGUAAGGGGAUUGGUUUACCACAACAAAAUUUUAAUACAACUUGACAUUUUGAGAGGUUUAUCUGGCCACUGUAAAUUGAUGGGUAACGGUCAUGUGGCAGUGCUCUGACAUGGCAUACUGGAACCACUUCAGGUCUCUAUCUGGAUGACUAUUUGGCUCCUUUUUGUGGAACCUGAUUGAUUGGAAUCUUAAACCAGGUUUGAAGGGGUGGGUGGCUUUGGAACUCUUAAGAUCAUAUUGGUGUAACUGAGCAUUGUUCCCUGCAGUGAAGUAAACCAUGAUUAUGAUGAGUAGUUGGGUAGCAGGAAGAUUUUUUUUGUUUUUAAGUCCAAAGAAAUAGCAUAAAUAUGAAUUCUGGAUAAGUAAAUAACCAAAGAAUGCAAUUACUAAAGGCUGGUAGCUGCAUUAUUUUAAAGAAAUACAAUUUAUACAAAGAAGCUGAACUAGGCAAGCUCAAGGAGAAAACUGUUACACAUUAUUUUUUUUCCUGGCUUAAUUUAUUCAUUAAAUUUUUGGAAGUUUAUUGCAAGGAAAAACAGAAGAUGUAAAUGAGUAAACCUUUAAGAAAAGCCAAGCUGUUUCUGGAUUUAAAUGGUAUUCUCAUGAAAAAUCAACUGUCCGCAUGUAUAAACUGCGUCUUCAAAUGGAAAGCUUACCUAGCAUGCAGCAAAGAAGAAUCUUGUGGGAUGCAAACAAGCCAACUGGACAAAAGUGGUGAGCUAGUCUCCCAUUUCAUUUUAAUGAAUAUAAGCAAUGUUACCAUCAUUCUAUAAUAUUGGCCAUAAAAAUUUCUGACUAAUCUUAAAAUUGAGGAAUGUGGCAUUUUAUAUAGUAUGAGAAACGACUAUAAACCUCAAGGUGGUAUAUUUAAAAAAAUAUCUGAGCACGACACAUAUACAAUUUAUUAAAAACACAUGAACACAUUAAAAUCUCACUAUUUAUACAAUCUAAAUUCUAGCAACAUAUACAAAUACUGAGUGACUACAGUACAUGCCGAGGUAAGAAAAGUACAUUCUGGGAGAAUAUAACUGACACUCAAGCCAUUUUUACCUAUUUCAUUACAUGAUUUGUUUCUACCUUUCCCAGUGCCAAAAAAAAGAAGAGAUGAGAAGAAACGAGUCACAAUUUGGACUAAAUGAGAAUUAGUGCCAUGGUUGACCUAAAAAUAUCCAACUCUUAUUUAGAUCUUGCAGUUUAGGGACUUCAAGUUCAGAGCUGAAAGGCAGAGCUCAUAGGUAACUUUAAUAAGUAGAGCUUCACUGAUUUCUUUUGGGGGGGUUGAAAAGUUUUUGUAGUCCCACCUAAACAUAUUCAUUCCUUCUAACUAACUGUAUCGUCUGACAUUGUGUUUACAUAACCUUUUUGGUCUCCAGGUUGACCGUGUGGAGCCCAGGAAAAGAAAUUCAAGGUUUAUCACAUUCCAUAGAAUUACGGCCACAUUCAUAUUUAAAUGAGCUUAUUUUCUACUUUGUGUGGGGGGUGGGGAGAAGGACAUGUGUAUACAUACCAUAAUUUCAGUUAGUGUAUAAAUCCUCUACUCAUCAGCAAAUAAAACCCAUUGUUCAAUGCAAAGUGCAAAUAUUUAAGCGAAACUUAAAUAACUGGACUAGACCCUACACAAUAGUAUCUAUUUAGAUUUUACAGCUUUUAAAAUCAGCAUUCACAAUAUCUUAUCUUUAACUGUACUGGUUCCUAAGAUCAAGUAACAGGGAAGUCAGUGUAAUUUUAUGAAAGGACCACAUUUCCUGCAUCCAUUGUCUGAUUCUAUUUUUAUAAUUGCAUUAACAGGAAAAAAAUAUAAUCCAAUAAACAACAGUGACUUAAAUCUUU